AUAAAGAGAAAAGAGUGUGUACAUAAAUAAAUAAAGGAAAAGUGUUAAAAAUGAAGGACAAUAGUACAUAGACAUGAGAUGGUGCUCUUCAGGUGGGCGAGGAGAAUGCUUUAAAUAGCACUACCAAACAGGCUGCCGCACGCUGCCACCACCACCACCACCACCGCGCACCAACAAAACACAUCUACUGCGUCACGUGAAGGAAGAACACCUCGACUUCCCACGCAUCACUCUCCACGAGUUGCUGUAGACACACAGGGCAAGGCAGUGAAGGGAGCUGGGGUCAAGUGUUACAGAACUGACGGAGGGGCAGGAUCAGGCUAAGGUGGCCACGCAGCAGACUCUGAGUGGAGUGUUGGCCUCAGUAUUGCUGUGGUGGGUGGCUGGGGGUGUUUUGGGUGUUUCCUCGGCCUACCUCAUGGUAUACAAGCACACACCUCCCCCUCAAGUGUCAUCCCUUCGGUCUCUGUCAUUCUGCAGCCUUCAUACAUCCUCCUAUGGUCUUCUAAUCGUCAACAUACACCGCUGAUGCAGUUGGUCACCAGCCGCUGCAAUGGCGACUAAGGGCAGGCCAGCCCCGCUGCAGGACCUGGUGAGAGAGAGGACCUGCAAGUUAACCUUAGACGCUUUGAGUAACAUUCUGCGGCAAGAAAGAGAAUCCGAGGAGUAUCAUAGAAAACUUCGCUGCAGAGGUAAAAGAAAACGUGCUCAUUCCUGCGAUGGCUGUCCAGUUAGCAAGAAAGCAAAGACGGAGGAACACCAACAUGUGUACUACACCCGAGCGAGAGCGAAACGCGAGAGAGAACAGGAACACGACGAGGAUGUCGAUGCUCCAAGGAAAAGACGAAAAAGUUUCGGACCAUCCCACGGGGGCGCCUCUUCCCACACAAGCUCCCCGCCGCCAGGCCACCUACAAGGCAGCAGGGAUGACCUUACCCUCCAGCAGGGUGUGUUCGACUCAGACAAGCUGGAGGCCUUGAGACGCUGCUUCUGCUACCUAACCCCCUCCAUGUGGACCACCUAUGCUAGGUGUCUUCUGGACAGAGUUAUAUCAGAAAUCAGAUUCAAAGAAAUGGACCAAGAGGUUCUCGGGAAAACAAUUGAGUACAUAUUCGGUGCAAAGUUAUUGUCUUUCUCGACAGUGGCGAUCGAGCGUUACUCGUGCAGCGUAGUGAAGGUUCUCUUCGACCAGCUAAUGAAGUGCACACGACUGGAGGUCUUGGAAGUGACUGUACCGCCAAGCAGCAAGAGGGACGUGGCGGCUGCCGCGCUGUCCCUGCAGACGCUGGGGCGCCUCCACUCCCUCUCACUCCUGCCUUCCUCCCGUGUCUCCUAUCACUGGGCCGUUAGUCACCUGGCCCGCCACUGCUACGCGCUGCGGGAACUGAAGAUAGUCUACAACGGAGACCUCUUCAACAGAUCAGAUGAGCUGGCGAGUUUGGGGCGGUGCGGCAAACUCGCCUCCCUCUGGCUCUUCAACUUCGGCCACAACAGUGAGAUGAGGGAAGUGAUCCAUCUCUUGGAAUCUUUAGGGAACCUCGAAGUGUUGUAUCAUAAGGAGCUGCCCAAUGCCAUCCUGGAGCUGCGGCCCCCCAGGGAUGCAGGAGCGGGGGCCAUGAAAGCAGGGGCGGGGCGCCAUCUUGGGCUGCAGCGAGUGGAUCUAUGUUGGCACGAGCGGGCCAUUGGCUACCAGCUGGUGUACGUGCCAGCGUCCCACCUGCUGCACCUUGCCAGGAUGUGUCCUCACAUCAGGGUCCUCAACCUGGUAGGUCCUCCGUGUCUGGCCGAAGUGAUAGGACACCUGCCAAGCCUGCACGUACUGAUCCUGCACCAGGCCAGCCUCACUCUGUGCCUCGGCUCUGCCCUCAAGCACCUCGACCUCGCCAGGAUAACAGAACUGCGAGUGUCAGACGUGUGGGACGUGACGCACGACGUCAUCUCCGCGGUGGCGUGCGGCUGCCCUCACCUGCAGGUGCUAAAUGUCAUUAACGCAAACCUGGAAGCGCGAGGAGAUCUCCAGGCGCUGACCCACCGCCCGCCCUUCCCCCACCUCCGCCAGCUGACCCUCGUGUUCGGUAUGAUCAACAGGCGUCCUCCCCUUACCACGCCCUCGGUCUGGCAGCUCGGCGCACAGCUCACGUCCUAUUUCUUGGACGGCGCCUCCCAGCUCACCGACCUUUGGCUUUACUACCAGGAGGAGGACAUCCUGGACGGCGACCUUCCCACUGCACAAUACUUGGAUGACGUCCUGACCCGCCCGCGCCCCGCCCUUCGCUCCCUCAGACUGGAGUGGCCGCCGGCUGUGUCUCCCGGGCUGGUGGGCGCCGUGGUGCGUGCCUGCCCCGCCCUCGCCACGCUGUCCUCCAUCAUCACGUGGCCGCUCACGUCGGACCAGAGAGCCACCUUUGUGGCGCUGUACGGCCGAUGCGUAGACAUCAUGUGACCACUCUGAUGACCCAUAAGACUUGUUUUUCUUUUUUAGUUGCUUCUGAGGCCAUAUAAUUGCGACACAUAACUGUCAUAGCUUCAAUUCAUUACGGAUAGUGUUAUUUUUCCCAGUAAUAUGAAAAGAGAGCAGGUGAAACAACAAAACUCAAAGGUGAUUCUGAGACUGAGGCUGACCAGCCAGUAAGCGAUGACUGAGUGUGAUAUCAUGUAUUUCAGGAAAUACAAUAAGUAAAUAA